GCCUCUGAUCUCUCUCCCCCUCACUUUUAACAGUCAACAGUCAAAUACGCUUAUACCGCUUCCCAAAUCUCUCACUAUCACCUUCGCUUCCUUCUCUCUUUCAGAUGGCCAUCGCUUCCUUCUCCAACCUCUCCUCCCUCUCCUUCUCUCGUCCUUCCCAACCCCAUUGUUCCUAUCACAACCACUCGUCUCUUCCAAGCCUCACCCCCAUCUCCCACCGUGCAAAACCAUCUUCUCAUCUCUUCACUUCCAAUCUCACUUUUUCAACUCCUAUUUUUUCACCUACCCAUUUGCUCCGUUUGCCGGCAAGUAGCUCCAUUUUUUCAUCUGGGGACGAUGGCGGGAGCAUUGGACAUGGAGGGGGAGGUGGUGGCGGAGGUGGUGGCAGUGGAGGAGGGGACGGUGAAGAGGAGGACAGAGAACAUAACAAGAAAGAGGCUUUGUUGGUGCUUGCGGAGGUGGGCAGGUCGCUGGACAGUUUGCCGAAGGAUUUAGCGGCGGCGAUCAAGGCUGGCCGCGUUCCCGGUUCGAUUGUGAGUAGGUUCUUGGAUUUGGAGAAGUCCGCUUUUUUCCGGUUUUUGCUGAAUUUUGGAGGGUUUAAGGAGCGGUUGUUGGCGGAUGAUUUGUUCCUGGCCAAGGUUGCAAUGGAGUGUGGUGUUGGGAUCUUUACUAAGACUGCUGCAGAGUUGGAGCGGCGUAAAGAAAAUUUUUCCAAGGAGCUGGAUUUUGUCCUUGCCGAUGUGGUAAUGGCUAUUGUGGCAGAUUUUAUGCUUGUGUGGCUUCCAGCUCCUACUGUUCCUCUCCGACCACCUCUUGCAGUUAGUGCUGGAUCUCUUGCUAAAUUCUUCCAUGGCUGUCCUGAAAAUGCAUUUCAGGUGGCCUUGGCUGGAACGUCAUAUUCUCUUCUACAGAGAAUAGGUGCUAUAGUGCGUAACGGAGCAAAGUUAUUCGCAGUUGGGACGGGUGCAUCUCUGGUUGGAACAGGGGUAACAAAUGCAUUGAUUAAUGCCCGAAAGGCUGUUGACAAAUCUUUUGCUGCUGAGGCUGAGGAUGUACCAGUAGUAUCGACCAGUGUUGCAUAUGGGGUUUACAUGGCAGUAUCUAGCAACCUGAGGUACCAAGUACUGGCAGGAAUCAUCGAACAGCGGAUUCUAGAACCUUUGCUACAUCAAAACAAGCUUAUGCUAAGUGCAGUUUGCUUUGCUGUUAGAACUGGCAAUACUUUCUUGGGCUCACUGUUGUGGGUCGAUUAUGCUCGAUGGGUUGGAGUCCAGAAAAUAAGGGAUUGAACAUACUGGUUUUCCAACCAAGAAAUACAGUAUGUGACAAUAUUUUCAUGAGAUAAGGAUUCAGCCAAAUCAUUGCAUGUAGUUUUUUAAUUGAUGGAAUUCCAGUUAAAUUUGUUUUCAGCAUGUUGUUGGAUUGAUUUUUACUUUCUUGGUAAACUGGCUGUGCAAUUUAUUUAUCAAAAUAAUGAAGAUUGACGAGUGCGUGAGUCUUUUAGAUGCCACCAUAACUGGUGGUGGUUAGUGACAGCAUUUUGAUCCUCCAUAAACUAGCAGAAGUUGCUAGAUGAAUUUGAGUCGCACUUUUUUUCUUUCUGGGUUUAGAUAGAAAACUGUGGGAAUGUCCCUCCUUUGAUGAUGAUGAUGAUGAUGAUGGAUUUGAUUGUGUUAGUGUGUAGUCUCUUGUAUUGAGAAUGAAUGGAAACAAGAUUGUGGACAUUUGAUCUC